AUGGCUGCAAUACGUCAUACGUUACAACGUGAAAUUUUUACUCCAAGUGAUGAAAAAUUGUUGAGUGUUUGUUUUGUUAGUAAAUCAUAUAAAAAAAAGAAAACAAGUUUUUUAUGCUUAGUAACAACAAUAGAUGUACCAGAAACAUUAAUGAUUUAUCAAAUAAAAAAAAAUGAUAAAAAUGUAUUUAAAAAAAAACAGUCCUGGUUACUCACUGACGUCCAAGUUGUUGAUGGAAUAAAAACAGAUUCCAUGGAUAUUGAGUUACAUAUUGAUAAAAUUUAUCGGUGGACUGUUGCUACAUCACAAGAAUGCCGGACUUUUAUUAGUAAUUUAUACACUUUUUCAUGUAGCUUGUCUCAAAGGCCAGAAUUUAAAAAUAUAUCUAAAGAAUGGUUGAUUGAUCCGACAAAUCUUACUGAAAACUACCAGCCAAUAACUAACAAAGAAGCAACAGAUCUCGAAACAUUGAUAUUAGACUGCAAUUAUGCAAUAUCAAAUGCCGAGUUAUUUAUGCAAACUCUUUCAAAAGAUCUGUCAAUAUUAGACGGUGAAAAUGUCCAAUCAGUCUUAGCAUCAGAGCCUCAAGUAAUUCAACUAAUGAACGGCAUUGAAGCUGCAAUAGUUGAAGCUUCUGUAGUCGAAGCCCGACUUACAGCUUAUGAUGAAGCUCUGGGACGAAUUCGUGAAGUAAUGGCUCGAGUAGGCCAAAAGAACCAAGCUAUUCACACCGCAAAUCGUAACGCUAGAUUACUAUUAGAGCAUUUGGACACAAUAAUAACUCAAUUAGAUAUAUCGAAUGAGCAUCAAAAAAUAAUAAACGAAUCAGAGCUGCCAGGUGGCAGAGCUGAGUUAGUUUUAGCAGGACAAGCAGUAUUGAAGGCAAUCUCAGUAUCACUGCCCGUUGGUCUUGAUAAAUUAAGCGCAGUGACUGAACAAAAGCGACGAUUAGAUAAAUUGAAAGUUAAAUUUUCUCUUUUAGUUGCUCGACACCUCAAUAAUUUAUUUAUUCAUUUAGGCAAUGACAUCGGUGAAAUUUCCUCUACUUCAGAUUUAGUUCUACCAACUCACUCAUCAUUGCAUCGUGAAUUAGAGCCUUACACAGAAUUGAUGCAAUUGCUCCGUGCAUUAGACAAUAAAACAUUUUCUCAAUUGAUAAAAGUUUACACCAACACAAUGAGCAAAUUGUAUCAAAGAGAUUUAAAGAUAUUUUUUGAAGAAGCUAAAACAUGCUUAAUUAAUUCACGGCCUAGCUUAAGUUCAUCUAAACAAAGUGGACAAAAAAAAGAUGAUGAUUUAUUUACACCCGCGCCUAUUUGCUUGCUAAGUAAUGAAGUAUGGACAUCACAAAAUGACGGAGUAAUUUUAGACUCGAUAUUAAAUCGUGUAUUGUCUCAAUUGCAACCAAUUAGUUUGGCCGAGCAAGCAUUUUGUGUUACUUUUUUUCAAUUAGAUUCUGUACUUUCACCAUCCAAGCCCGAAAAUGAAGAGACCAUUGGUCUGGGUGAUAAUACGAGCAAUGAAGCAGUAAGUCCUGGAUCGGUUACCUCAACAGUUAGCAAAAAAUUGGAGCGACAAGUUAAUGAAGAAGUUCGCGCGACAAUGGGUGCUAUUUUUCCGUCGUUAGAAAUAGAGCUGAAUAAUUUUAUUUCAUUUUUGGAUAAAAUUGAUAGCUUCUGGUGCAUGUACCUACUGGUGAGAUUGUCUCAGCAUGUUAUGUCGGCACAGGACACCGGAUCAUUUUUGUCGAUGACUUUUGCAUCGGCUUUGGUGCAAGUUAAAAGAUCUUUUGAUAAAUUUAUGCAGCUACAGCAGCAGUCUAUUUUAAAAGACACUAAAGUUAAUCGGAGGAAUAAGUGUGGGAUAUUGCCUUAUGUUGCUAAUUUUGGGUCCUUUGCUAGAAUUACAGAUAAGAUAUUCAAAAAUUCAGAUCGAAAAGUUGACUUGGAAAAAUCUUAUACUAAAUUAGAGCGAAAAAGUGCUAAGCAAAGAUACCAAGAUGCAUUAAAAGCAUAUGUUACUCGAUAUUUUGGUCGUCCUUUAGAAAAACUUAAUCUGUUCUUUGAAGGCGUUCAAGCAAAAGUUGGUGCUGGAGUUAAAGAAUCUGAAAUAAGUUACCAAAUGGCAUUUAGUAAACAGGAAUUACGUCGAGUUGUUAAAGAAUAUCCAGCUCGAGAAGUUAAAAAAGGAUUAGAAAAUUUGUAUCGAAAAGUUGAAAAACAUUUAUGUGAAGAAGAAAACUUAUUACAAGUCGUUUGGCGUGAAAUGCAGGGUGAAUUUAUUGCUCAGUAUAUUUACAUCGAAGAGUUGAUUCAACGAUGUUAUCCUGACAGUCAAAUAGCUCUUGAAUUUACUAUUCAAAAUAUAUUAGAAUUUUUUUCAGAAAUUGCGAGAUCGCAUUAG